AUGCAACUGCGCUUGCAAAAGGACACUAUACGCUUGGCAUAUCAUCCUGGAAAAGAAAUGUUCCUAGCAGACACUUUGAGCAGGGCAUACCUAAGAAACAAUGACCAGACUGGCACACUUGAAGAGGAAAUAAUACAUCUGGCACGAUUUCUCCCUGUGAUCAAAGAUAGACUUCAGGAACUGAGACAGGAAACUCAGGCAGACAAAACAUUAGUAAAGCUGACCAAAGUUAUUCUCUCAGGAUGCUCAGAAAUCUCUGCGUGUGUUUCUGCUCCCCUACAGCCAUACUUCAACAUUCGUGACGAGUUGACAGUACAAGACGGCAUUGUAUUUAAAGGAGAGCGCAUUCUAAUUCCAGAGACAAUGAGAAUGGACAUGUUGCGCCGUAUUCACUCAUCUCAUAUUGGAGUUGAAGGAAGUCUCAGGAGAGCUCGUGAAAAUUUGUUCUGGCUCGGUAUGACCAAAGAUGUGAAAGACUUUGUGACUAAGUGUGAUACCUGUCGUUCUUUUGAUGGCAAACAGAGGAAAGAGACCCUCGUAAGUCAUGAUGUACCCACACGUCCAUGGGCCAAAGUAGCUAGUGACCUUUUUAGCUACAAUUCGAAGGAGUACCUUGUGACCGUUGAUUAUUUCUCAAACUUUUGGGAGGUUGACUAUCUCCGCAGUACAAUGUCGAAGACUGUAAUUCAGACACUGAAGGCAUUGUUUGCACGCUACGGGAUUCCAGAUACCCUUGUAUCUGACAAUGGGCCCCAGUUUGCCUCUACUGAGUUCCAGCAGUUUGCCAGGGAAUGGGAAUUCUGUCAUGUGAAUAGCUCACCGAAGUACCCCCAAAGGAAUGGAUACCAGCCCAGCUCAGCGUUUGAUGAGUCGACGCACAAAGACACCUUUGCCUACAAAAGAGACCCUCCUAGUUCCGGAAGUUUAUCCACUGAAUCGCAGGAGAAGCAAUUAACCCAUCUAAAGCGAAGGCAAGCUUUGUACUAUAAUCGUGGAGCUAGAGAUCUUCGACCACUGGAUAUCGGGGAAAAGACAUACCGUAGAAAUCGUCGUGACCUUCGUCCAAGUCAACAUGCUGACACUGACGCUCAUAUAUAUGAGGACAUUGAUGAAAAACCAGUCCAGGAACAACCUAUCAAGGACACAUUAACUGGACAAACUUCUGUGAAUCCACCCUCAAGACCAACCAGUGCAUCUCAGAGUGAUUCUGCACCUCCACUUACCACACGAUCAGGUCGAGUCGUUAAGGAACCAUCUCGAUUCAAGGACUAUGUGAAUUAG